CGCUGCUGCGGCGUCCUCGGAGACGCGUCCCGGUGGCCGGAGAGACGCCCGAGGGCUCCUGGCAGCCUCUCCCGGGUGGGGCCGAGCGAGCGAGCGAGAGAGACGGCGGGGAGGGCAGCUGAGCCCGCGGGCGCCUGGAUGGCGUCCCUGCCCGCCUGCGCCUCGCCCGCGGGCGCCCCCGAGCCCAUCCAGCCGGCCGCCCCCCCUCCCGGCCCGCCCGGGGUCUCCUUCCAGCUGCAGAUCGGGCUGACCCGCGAGUACGUCCUGCUGCCCGCCGCCUGCGACCUCGCCCACGUCAAACAGCUGGCCUGCUCCAUCGUGGACCAGAAGUUUCCUGAGUGUGGAUUUUAUGGCCUCUAUGAUAAAAUCCUGCUGUUCAAACAUGACUCUUCAACAACCAACAUUUUACAACUGGUCCGAGCCGCCUCCGACAUUCAGGAGGGUGACCUGGUGGAGGUGGUUCUCUCAGCCUCGGCUACUUUUGAGGACUUCCAGAUCCGUCCGCACGCUCUCAACGUCCACUCGUACCGGGCACCGGCGUUCUGCGACCACUGCGGAGAGAUGCUUUUCGGUUUGGUCCGCCAAGGCCUCAAAUGUGAUGGCUGUGGCCUGAACUACCACAAACGUUGCGCCUUCAGCAUCCCCAACAAUUGCAGCAGCGCCAGGAAACGCCGCCUCUCGUCCACCUCGCUGGUCAGCUCGCAGUCCUUGCGGCUGUCGAUCACAGAAUCCUUGCCCUGCGCCCGGACGAACUGGUGAGUCAGCCCUGCCUCCCCACCACCCCCGCCGGGCCUGAGGCACCGGAGUACCACGGAGCUUUUUCCCCGCCGCCUGACCUCCUGCACCUACAUCGGCCGCCCCAUAGAGCUGGACAAGCUCUUCCUCUCCAAGGUGAAGGUGCCCCACACCUUCCUCAUCCACUCCUACACCCGCCCCGUCUGCCAGUACUGCAAGAAACUCCUGAAGGGGCUCUUCCGCCAGGGCCUUCAGUGCAAAGAUUGCAAAUUCAACUGCCACAAGCGCUGUGCGACCCGGGUGCCCAACGACUGUCUGGGAGAGGCGUCCUUUAAUGGUGGCGAUGUGCCGAUGGAAGAAUCGAGUGAUCUCAGCGAGGCGGAUAAGAACUCGCUCAUGGACGAGUCCGACGAUUCCGGGAUCAUCCCGGGAUCUCAUUCGGAGAACGAGCUGCGCAUGGACGAAGACGUGGAGAGCCUCCAGAAGUCCCAAGGUGAGGCAGAGACCCCGACUGCGGUACAUCCCCUGAUGCGAGUGGUGCAGUCGGUCCGACAGACGACGCGCAAGUCGAGCACGGCCCUGAAGGAAGGCUGGAUGGUGCAUUUCAGCAACAAGGACACCUUGCGGAAACGUCAUUACUGGCGGCUGGACAGCAAGUGCCUCACCCUCUUCCAGAACAACAGUAGCAACCGCUACUACAAGGAGAUCCCGUUGUCGGAGAUCUUGACUGUGGAGCAAGCUCAGGACUUCUCCCUCGUGCCGUCCGGGGCAAAUCCUCACUGCUUUGAAAUCAUUACCGCCAACGCCACCUACUACGUGAGGGCGGAGAACGGCAUCCCGGCAACCCCCAGCAGCGGGGACGGCCUGGAACACGCCAAGGCCUGGGAGACGGCCCUCCGCCAAGCCCUCAUGCCCGUCGUCCUGCAGGGGGUGCCGGCUGCCCAGGGACAGCCCCCCACAAUACAUCGACAAGCGUCUUUGAGGAUCUCCGUGUCCAACAGCCAAAUCCAGGAGAACGUGGACAUCGCCACCGUCUACCAGAUAUUCCCAGAUGAGGUCCUGGGCUCCGGUCAGUUUGGUGUGGUCUACGGAGGGAAACACCGCAAGACAGGGAGGGACGUGGCAGUGAAGGUCAUCGACAAGCUUCGUUUCCCCACAAAGCAGGAGAGCCAAUUGCGGAACGAGGUCGCCAUCCUACAGAGUUUGAGGCACCCUGGGAUUGUAAAUCUGGAAUGCAUGUUUGAGACCCCGGAGAAGGUCUUUGUCGUGAUGGAGAAACUCCAUGGGGAUAUGUUGGAGAUGAUCCUGUCUUCAGAGAAGGGCCGGCUGCCAGAGAGGCUGACCAAGUUCCUGAUCACCCAGGUCCUGGUUGCCCUCCGGCAUCUGCAUUUCAAGAACAUUGUCCACUGCGACCUGAAGCCUGAAAAUGUCCUCCUGGCGUCCGCCGAGCCCUUUCCGCAGGUGAAGCUGUGUGACUUCGGCUUUGCCCGCAUCAUUGGGGAGAAAUCCUUCCGGCGUUCGGUGGUGGGCACCCCGGCCUACCUGGCCCCCGAGGUGCUGCUCAACCAGGGUUACAACCGCUCGCUGGACAUGUGGUCGGUGGGCGUCAUCAUGUACGUCAGCCUGAGCGGCACUUUCCCCUUCAAUGAGGACGAGGACAUCAACGACCAGAUCCAGAACGCCGACUUCAUGUACCCGCACAACCCCUGGCGACAGAUUUCGGUCGGAGCCAUCGACCUGAUCAACAACCUGCUGCAGGUGAAGAUGCGGAAACGUUACAGUGUGGAUAAGUCACUCAGCCACACUUGGCUACAGGAUUACCAGACCUGGCUGGACCUCCGAGAGCUGGAGAGCCGGAUGGGCGAGCGCUACAUAACCCACGAGAGCGACGAUGCCCGCUGGGAGCACUUUGCUGCCGAGCACAGCCUGCAGUACCCCGAGCACCUGCGCGUUCGCCGGCUGCAGGAGGAAGACGAGGAGGAAGAGGAGGCUAGAGAGCAAGAGCAGGAGAUGGAGAUGCAAGGCUUGGCCGAGCGGGUCAGCGUCCUCUGAAGGCUUGGCGAAGGAGGACCAAGAAACUGGAAGAGGACCUUGACUGGAGCAACCCCAGCCUCUCGUCUUGAAUUGGCACUCAACACCUCCCCAAUAAUCACAUUCCCGGAGGUUGGAAAAUAACAAAAAGAAACGAAAACUAUCGGGACGUCUUUGGCUGCUCCGAGGCCACAAUUAUGAAGCCCCUCAAUGACUCGCAAUGCUCAAGGUAGAGUCCCCUGAGCGCUGGGACACACACGGCCCUCCAUUCGUUGUUUCCUCCCCUUUUUUUUCGAUUGGGGGUGUGUGUGACUUUCUUUGCAGGUUGCAUUAGCCUAGUUUGAGCCUUUUCCCACGAUAGUCCUGGGUUAAUGCAACGGCGGCCAGUUUUCUUCCUCUAGGACAGUGUUUCUCAACCUUGGUAGCUUGAAGAUGGGUGGACUUCAACUCCCAGAAUCCCCCAGCCAGAAACAUGCAGCAGGCAGAAAGACGCUGGCUGAGGAAUUCUGGGAGAUGAAGUUCACGAGUCUUAAGGCUGCCAAGUAUGGAGACUCCCCCUGGUCUAAUAAAUAUUGAGUGGGAGUUGGUUUCUUUGAUCUCUGAAUUGGUGUUUCUCAAACUUGGCCACAUGAAGCGGGGUGGACUUCAACUCCCAGAAUCCCCCAGCCAGAAACAUGCAGCAGACAAAAAAAAAAAAAACUGGCUGUGAGGAAUUCUGGGAGUUGAAGUCCACAAGUCUUGAAGUUGCCAACUUUGGAGACCCCACUGGUCUUGAGUGGGAGUUGGUCUCUUUGAUCUCUGAAUCGGGAAUUCUGGGAGUUGAAGUCCACCCCGCUUCAAGUGCCCAAGCUUGAAGGAUGCUGCUUUUAAUGAGUUAGCGGAGAGGUGAGGAUUGUUGUCAAGCAGCCAAAAACUCACUCAGGCAGUCUUCAAGCAGGACACAACUUUUGGGGGAUAAAAACAGAAUCGCCUCCCCUCCCAAAUCUCUGCUCCUUCCUUUACGCCUCCCAAACGGCACGUCGGCUCUCCGAAGUUGACCGUUUGAAACAGGCCAGCGCUGCCAAAGACUAGCUCCUUGUGAGCGCAAAACAAAGCCACUUUCUCUUCCAGCGCAAAGUGGGCCAACGUCUUUGCCUCCAAACUCCAAGCGGGCUGGCCGAAAUCCAUGCGCCGGAAGGGAAAUGAGGAAACCCCAGAAAGGGGGGGGAGGAAAGGGAAUACUAUGUGUUUCCCCCUCCCUUAUUUUAUUUUUUAAAAAGUAUUUCUCUAUGAAAGAUUCAGAGCCCAUUCUGCACAUCCGGUGUGAAGGAUGAACCCAUAAUUUUUGGACGGGACAGGAAUUCUCCAUCUAAUCUAAUGCUUUUCCAUGAUGGUCAGCUAUAGAAAUAUUUUUGUCCCCAGCCAGGCUGAUGGGAAUGGUAAGUCUCGCAUAGUUGGAAGUACGGAAGAAUUUUCCAGGUCUCUGGAUCUGAGGUUAGGAAGGAGAAAUAUGUGGGUUUGUGGUUGUUUGCAUAAUACAAACCGAGGUGAGAUUUUUCCCUCUUCACAGCAAGAUUUCAGCCCCUCAACGUUGGCAUUUAUUAGAUUAAUGGUCCAUCUCUACUCCCUGCUAUUAAAUUUGGCCAUCAAGCUUCUGCUGAAUCUUACCAAUUCCCCCAGGCACUUAACUGGAUUCACACACCGCACCAAGUUUGUGUUUCGCUCAUGAGAGCUUGUGGAAUAAACCACUAUUGAUUGGUCAAGGGGAAAUAGUCAGUUUUAGCGCGGGGCAGUCUCUGAUGUGGCCACUUCGUAGGAAUUGGGCUUGCAUUGAAGAGGCAGCUUCCCCCAGACAAUUGUUUAUAUCCUGAAAUGUCUAUUUUUUUUUUAAAUAACCUGAACGUUGUGCUGUAUAUAAAAAUACAUUUAAAUCCUA